AUGCUGGUCCGGAGCCCUCAUGUGCGCGGAAGGGCCAGGGUGACGCACGCCGUCAUCGUCAUCUUCCUGGAGUUCUUCGCAUGGGGGCUGCUGACCACACCCAUGCUGACGGUACUCCACGAAACCUUCCCGCAGCACACAUUCCUCAUGAACGGACUCGUGCAAGGCGUCAAGGGUUUCCUGUCAUUCCUGUCCGCUCCCGUGAUCGGCGCCCUGUCUGACAUCUGGGGCAGGAAGUCUUUCCUUCUGAUGACCGUGUUCUUCACAUGCGCCCCCAUCCCCUUUAUGAGGAUCAGCCCCUGGUGGUACUUUGCACUGAUCUCUGUGUCAGGAAUCUUCUCCGUGACAUUCUCCGUGAUCUUCGCCUACGUCGCCGACAUCACGGAUGAGCAGCAGAGGAGCACGGCGUACGGCCUGGUGUCUGCGACAUUUGCGGCCAGCCUGGUGACGAGCCCCGCCAUCGGCGCGUACCUGUCGUCGCAGUACGGAGACAGCCUGGUGGUCCUGGUCGCCACGGUGAUCUCGGUGGCCGACAUCGCCUUUGUCUUCUUCGUGGUGCCCGAGUCGCUGCCCGACAAGAUGCGACUGACCACGUGGGGUUUCCCGCUCUCGUGGGAGCAGGCGGACCCCUUUGCCUCGCUGCGUCGUGUGGGCAAAGACUCGACAGUUAUGCUCAUCUGCGUCACGGUCUUCCUGUCGUACCUGCCGGAAGCCGGGCAGUACUCCAGCUUCUUCCUCUACCUCAAACAGGUCAUUGACUUUUCUCCCGCUGCCAUUGCCGCCUUCAUCGCCAUGGUUGGCAUACUGUCCAUCAUUGCACAGACGCUGCUCCUCAGUGUACUGAUGCGCACCUUGGGCAAUAAGAAAACGGUCCUGUUGGGUCUGAGUUUCCAGCUGCUGCAGCUGACCUGGUACGCCUUCGGUUCUGAGCCCUGGAUGAUGUGGGCGGCAGGCACAGUAGCAGCCAUGUCAUCCAUCACCUUCCCGGCCAUCUCGGCCUUGGUUUCACACAGCGCCGCCCCGGAUCAACAAGGUGUGGUCCAGGGCAUGAUCACAGGCAUCCGAGGCCUAUGUAAUGGUUUGGGCCCGGCUCUGUAUGGAUUCAUUUUCUUCCUCUUCAAUGUGGAGCUCAGCGACGACCAGACCGCAGAAGGACGAGACACGCAACACAUUAAGAAGUCGACCGUUCCCGGACCCCCUUUCCUGUUCGGCGCCUGCACGGUGGUCUUCGCGCUCAUCGUGGCCGCGUUCAUCGUCGAGCGUCCGCCCGCCGCCGCCGCCAUCAAGACGUGCUCGGUCAGGAAGUCGAGCGGCGUCGGCGGCACGCCCGCCGCCGCGUCCUGUGCACGCACUCAAGAUAGCGGAGCCCAGGCCACCCCCGCCAGCGACGCCGAGGAUAUCGAGCCGCUGUUACAGGACAGCAGCAUGUGA